AUGUAUACACAACGAUCGAUUGUUUUACGAAUAUGUGUGUUGGUGAGCUUGUUGGCCGUGUGUUUUGGCCAACGCGCGGAGCAAUUAUUGGCCCAGAACCCUUGCUACAGUAAAACGACUUGCAGCGACUGCAUACGAACCUCCAGCUGUGCGUGGUGUUUUGCCGCAGAGUUUAACGGUCCCCGAUGUUUCAACCCUUCUAUGGAAAGGGGCGGUACGGCGGGAUGUGAUGAAGCCUAUAUAUUCAAUCCAGACAACCAACGCUCUAUAGACCCUAAAUACAAUUUAGAAUUGAGUAGAGCGCAAUCUCGAAUGGGUAUGGCCUCUGGGUCGUCCUUCUAUGAAGAAUCCACGAGUUCGAAGGGUAGCAGUAGCAGUUUUUCUUCCUCUAGCUCAGCAAGUGCUGCCGGGGCUGCUGGUUCAGCAGAGAGCAUGAUCCAAAUGAGGCCACAGAGGGUCAAACUUAGCCUAAGACAGAAUCAAAUGCAAAAACUCGCCUUUUCAUACUCCCGAGCCCAGGACUACCCGGUUGACUUAUACUACCUUAUGGACUUAAGUAGAUCUAUGAAGAACGAUAAAGAGAAGCUCAGUACCCUGGGCAGUCUGCUCUCAGCCACUAUGAGGAACAUGACGUCAAACUUUAAAAUUGGUUUCGGUUCUUUCGUUGAUAAGCUGGUGAUGCCUUAUGUUUCUACUGUUCCCAAAAACUUGGAGUCACCAUGUGACGGUUGUGCUGCGCCUUACGGAUACCAGAACCAAAUGUCUCUCAGUGUAGAUACCGACUAUUUUGAUCAAGCCGUAGCUAACGCCGACGUGUCAGGUAACCUGGACGCCCCGGAAGGCGGAUUUGACGCAAUUAUGCAAGCAGUAGUGUGCAAACAACAAAUAGGUUGGCGUGAUCAGGCUAGAAGGCUGCUUGUAUUUUCUACUGAUGCCGGUUUCCACUAUGCUGGAGAUGGAAAGCUUGGUGGUAUCGUACAGCCCAAUGAUGGAGAAUGUCAUAUGAAAAACAAUACCUACACGCAUUCAACACUGCAGGACUACCCUAGCAUCUCACAGAUUAAUCAUAAGGUCAAAAAACAUGCGAUCAAUGUGAUAUUCGCCGUGACAGCAGAACAGAUCAGUGUGUAUGAACAGUUGAGCAAGCAUAUCGAAGGUUCCAGUACUGGCGUGCUCAGCAACGAUUCGGACAAUAUCGUCGACCUCGUGCGCGAACAGUACAACAAAAUUACAUCAACUGUGGAGAUGAAGGAUACAACCAGUGAUGCUGUGCAAAUAGUGUAUUACUCAUCUUGUCUCAAUGGCAAAGAGCUCGCACAGACUAAUAAAUGCGACGGACUCAAGGUUGGAGAUGUGGUAGAAUUUACAGCUGAAAUCACAUUAACGGAGUGUCCGAAGGACCGCAGCAAGUGGAGGCAGACUUUUGACAUCUCUCCCGUCGGUAUCUCAGACAGUUUGACUGUUGAAUUGGAGAUGCUGUGCGACUGUCCAUGUGAACAGCCCGGACACCACGCUUUCAACGAUAGUCCGCUGGUAUGUAGUGGUGAAGGAGUAUCAGCUUGCGGUGUUUGCGUGUGCCACCCGGGACGCUUCGGCAAGAACUGCGAGUGUUCCGCGCACGGCGGCGUGUCUGCCGAGCAGGAGCGCGGCUGCCGCCCCACCAACGCCUCCACCGGCCCGCUCUGCUCCAACAGGGGCACUUGCAUCUGCGGGGUUUGCGAGUGUAACAAGAUGGAAGAUCCGCUAAAGGUAAUUUCUGGUCCUUUCUGCGAGUGCGACAACUUCACGUGCGACAUGAACAAAGGGCUGAUGUGCUCGGGACCGGACCACGGCGAGUGUGUUUGCGGCAAGUGUAGUUGCAGGCCUGAAUACAUGGGCCCCGCUUGCCAGUGCCUUAAAGAUCAAACCCCCUGUAUUUCGCCUGAAAACAAGGAAAUUUGCAGUGGAAAUGGUAAAUGUGUUUGCGGACAAUGUGUGUGCAAUGUAGAUGAUAAUAGGCAUUACUCCGGGAUGUACUGCGAGAAAUGCCCCACUUGCCCAGGACGUUGCGGCGAGUUUAAGGAUUGUGUAGAGUGCGAAGUGCACAAACAAGGCAGUCGUUACAACGAAGAGACGCAGGGCUGUGGGAACUGUGCACUGUUCCCUAUCAUAGAAGAAGGCAAAAUUGAAGCUAACGAAUCUCGAAACGAGCAUCUGUGCAGUUUUUACGACGAUGAAGAUUGCUUGUAUGUGUAUGUUUAUGCAUACGAUGAAAACCAACAUCUGGUCAUCAGAGCGCAGAAGGAACGCGAAUGUCCAAAGAAGGUUCCAAUUCUGGGUAUAGUGCUUGGUGUGAUCGCGGCGAUCGUGCUAAUAGGCCUGGCGUUGCUGAUGUUGUGGAAAAUGGCCACCACUAUCCACGACCGUAGAGAGUUCGCGCGCUUCGAGAAGGAACGCAUGAUGGCCAAGUGGGACACGGGCGAGAACCCCAUCUACAAGCAAGCGACGUCGACCUUCAAAAACCCUACAUACGCUGGCAAAUAA